AUGAGGUUCGAGCUGUCCAGUGAAAGUCUGGCCACGGUGCCACUUUUCGUAUGGCUUUCUGCUACUCUUGUAGUCGGCCACAUCCUCUACACUGCCGUCAAGCGGCCGAAAAUCAAUCUACCUGGUCCUCGCGGUUGGCCGUACGUCGGCAACCUUUUCCAACUGGGUGAGGACGCGGCUCAAACCUACUACAAGUGGUCGAAACGAUACGGUCCCGUCUACAAGGUUCAGCUCGGCGAGCGCGAGGUGAUCAUCAUCAACUCGGCGCAAGCAUCCAAGGAGCUCCUGACCGAUCUGGGUAGCAUCUACAUCAGUCGACCUCUCUUCUACACCUUCCACACGGUAGUCUCUUCCACGGCAGGUUUCACCAUCGGCACUUCACCAUGGGACGAAUCGUGUAAGCGAAAACGACGGGCGGCUGCUACGGCGCUCAACCGUGUCGCUGUGCAGAGCUACGUUCCCAUCAUUGAUCGAGAGACUUUCUCGCUCGUGGAGGAUCUGUACAGCGCAAAGGGAAAAGCUAUCGCUCCAUUUGCAUACUUUCAGAGGCUAGCACUCAACGUUUCACUCAGCGUCAACUAUGGCUCACGGCUCGACAAGAUCAGUGAUGAACUGCUCCAAGAGAUCGUCGAAGUCGAAACGCACGUUGCCAAUUUCCGAUCCGUCUCGAACUCGGCCGCCGACUACCUCCCCAUCGUUCGCUAUGUCCAAAUGCUGGUAGGCGGCAACAAUUCUUUUGCAGCCCAAAUCCGAGCUCGUCGAGAUAAAUACAUGCGUCGCUUACUAGAAGAUCUCAAAGCGCGCGUCAAGGCAGGCACAGACAUCCCUUGCAUCACAGGCAACAUCAUUAGGGAUCCCACUGCUAAAUUGACCGAUCUCGAACUCAGCUCAAUCUGUUUGUCGAUGGUCUCUGCUGGUUUAGACACGUUGGCCAACACUUUUAUCUGGUCAAUGGGAUUCCUCGCCAAGCACCCAGAGAUUCAAGAGAAAGCCUAUUCCGAGCUGUCUAAGGUAUAUCAGGGACAAGUGCCCAAUUCGGAUUCGGAGCAAGUGGAAUACAUCACUGCGCUUCACAAGGAGUGUUCUCGUUACUUUAGCGUUCUGAAACUCGCCUUGCCUAAAGCCACGAUCUCGGAUUCGAGCUACAAAGGAGUCAACAUCCCCGCCGGUACCACCGUGUUUCUCAACGCCUUUGCUAUCCAUCAAGACGCCGAACGCUACGGUGACGUUGAAAACUUCCGCCCCGAGCGCUUCCUUGAGCCAGGAGAAGAAAACAAGCAGUCUCACUACAGCUUCGGCGCGGGUCGAAGGAUGUGUGCCGGAGUCCAUCUUGCCAAUCGAGAGUUGUACAUCGCUUUCUGCAAGGUGAUCCACUUUUUCCACAUCCAACUUUCAGAUGUCGAAGAGGAAAAGCACUUCGAUAUCAAUCCAAAGACGGGAUGCGCGAAUCCGAAGGGGUUGAGCUCGACGCCGAAGCCUUUCAAAGUGAGGUUCGUCCCGAGACAUCCGGCCGCGUUGGAGCAGUGGAUCGAGAGCGAAAGGGAGAAGACGGAUUUGAUGGCCAGUGCUGCUUGA